AUGCAGAAGAAGAAGCCUGCAGCACCAACCAGUCAGGUGAAAAAGAAGACCGCCACUUCAGCACCAGGCGCGAAACCAUCCAGAAAAAAGCGGUCACAUACCAUAGUAAGAGACUCAGAUGACGAGGAUGCCGAGUCCAUGGAUGAAGACCUUAGAGCUCAAAAGAAAGUCCGAAGCACCGUGCCAGCCAAAGCUCAUCAAAACAAAGAUGAUGACAACGAUGCUACUGUGAAUUGUGAGGUUGACUCUGAUAAUCCGAAUGGCUCGAAUUUGGAUGAUUCGGACAUUAAUGAAGGAGAGAAUGAGUCACCAAGAUCAAUCACAAGAAAGCUCUUUGAUGAGGUCCCAGAGUCAUUGGCGCUCCCUCCAAGUCAGUAUCGUCGACAACAGUAUCACCAUCAAACAGCAUCACGUGAAAAUUCAAAGCCAACUGCGCAUGAUCACAAACAUGCAACAGAGAUCCCUGCCUGGGCUGAUGAUGUGGCGGUCUCAGACUCUGAAUCUAGUGGUGAUCCAGACUCGGAUGAUGCAGGAAGCACUACAACAAGAAGUUCGAGGAUGCCUGUACCUCCUGUGGCCAAAAGUAAAGCACACCUAGUGAUAACUGAGUCAGGGAAUGUGAAGCUCCUUGAUCAGAACCUGGAUACGAAGAGAGUCAUUAAACGGGCGAUUUUGGAUGCAAAGAGUCACCUUGUGUUUGUUGACGGGUUCCCAGAACUGAUUGACAAAAAUCAGCUUUCACACAAGUCAUUGCUAACCGUUGCUGGGGAAUUGGGUCUGCAUGAGAUCAAAAAGUGUCUGCGCUUGGACGAGAACUAUAUCAUGCUGCUGGCUGCCCUGGUAGAUGCCCACAUCCCAAUCCUGCACCGUGAACUGAAAGACAAUGCAUUGGCAGGCAUCUCCGGUUACUUUCGUCUGGGGCACAUAGACACCGACAAGGCCAAAAGUCUUCUUGUGCAGCAUGCCUAUAUCUAUGUGAUAAAGCUCAAGGUGUUCCUAAACCUGUACCGAACAAGCCCUAUCAGGGCAAAUUCUUAA